CCGCCCCCCUCCGCGCCUCUCUCCUGCUGCUCUUGCACUUUCAUUCCUCCCCCCCCCUCCCCCCUGCCAGCCAUCGCCGCGUGGAAUCGCCCACGGAGACAUGCCUAGGCCAGAUCGCUCGUCUGAGCUCAUUGCCGAGUAUGUGGAGCUGCUGCAACUCCUGUCUGGCCAGCAGGAUGCCCCCUCGGCGGCCGCACUCCCGUCAGCUGGCACUGCCUCGGCUCCCGGCGAGGACCUUUGGGUGAAACUCCCGUCCGCACUUGGCCGCUUCGCCCUGCCGGCUGACACGCACGACCCGGGCCACCACACCACAGACCCAGCCCGCAAGGACAUAAUCCUGCGACAGCUCACCGAACGCCUGGCCGAACUGGAACACCUUCCCGCCAGCGCCUUUGAGCACGCCUUCGGCACAGAUUCCGACAUCCUGGGCCCCUCCGCCGCCGAUGUCAAGUCCGCCACGUUAGAUUCCUUCGGCCGGAGACUCCGCCACCUGGCCGCCGUGCAGGCAACCCACCACCCACAACCUGUGGCCGACCUUCUUCGGCACCUGCCACCGGCCGCCAGCGGGGCGCCGGCCGGGACCGACAGCGGGGCAUGGCUCCCAGCCGGGGCCGGACCGCUGACCCGCGCCGACACCGGUGCCCUGGCCCGCGCGGCACAGGCCGCUGCUGCCGGGCGUCUGGCCUCCCUGGUCGAGCGGAGUCGCCAUGCGCCUGCCCCCCCGGCCACUGGGGCACCCUCGGAGCCGGACGUCCAGGCGGUUGUGGCCAGCUCUGUUUCCAGUGCACGAGGUGCGGGGCCGCGCCCGCGCCCGCGCCGAGCCCCGCCCGGCCUCACCGACCAGCUCGGCCUGAAUGCCGGGACAUAUGACGCAUCGUCGCCGGAUGCCCUGGUGGCCGACAUGCGCGCCAGCCAGGAGCAGCACCUCCAGCGCCUACAGGCCGCCGCGGUGGAGAUGCGCGAGGUGGCCAUGUCCAUUGCGCUCCAGGCCAAGCGCGAUCACCAGACCAUCGACUCGGCCAUCCAGAACAUCGAGCAAAACACCGAAACCCUGGGAUCGGCCACCCAAAUGGGCAAGGACAUCAAGCUGGGUCUCGGGAGCUGGCGUACGGUCAUUUGCUCGUGGCUGAUCCUCGCGCUGGCGGUCUUGAUUUUCAUCUUCAUGGUUGGCGUCAUCUUCUUUUUCUGAUGCGCGCCUCGGACAAGGGAACAAAUAAAGUGCCUAAAAAGCGCAAGGCCUCGCCUUGUGGCGCACA